GACUGCCCGAGCUGGUGCCAUGGCCUGCCAGGCGGAGAGUGACAGCCGGCGGAGGAGCCGGGAGUAUCUGGAAGGACUGCAGCUGAUAAAACAGGGCGCCGAGGCCCGGGUGUACCGGGGGAAGUUCCUGGGGAAGGCGGCGGUGGUGAAGGAGAGGUUCCCCAAAACCUACAGGCACCCCGCGCUAGACGAGAAGCUGACACACCGGAGGACAGCUCAGGAGGGGCGCGCCAUACUGAGGUGCAGGAAGGCAGGUAUCCCUGCUCCGGCGAUCUAUUUUGUAGACCACGUCUCAAACUGCAUCUACAUGGAGGACAUCGAAGGCUCGGUGAUGGUGCGGGAUUAUAUAAUGACUGCAGAGGAGAAUGGCAGAAGUCUCUAUGACCUGGCGGGUAAGAUUGGUCAGGUCCUGGCCCGUAUGCACGACGAGGACCUCGUCCACGGGGACCUGACCACCUCCAACAUGCUUCUGCGGCCCCCCCACCAGGACCUGCACCUGGUCCUCAUUGACUUUGGCCUGAGUUUUAUCUCGGCCCUCCCGGAGGACAAGGGGGUGGACCUGUACGUUCUAGAAAAGGCCUUUCUGAGCACGCACCCGAACACAGAGGACGUCUUCAGCGCUCUGCUAAAGAGUUACUCCGCCUCUUCCCAAAAAUCCGGUGCGGUCAUUAACAAACUGGACGAGGUCAGACUGAGGGGCAGAAAGCGCUCCAUGGUGGGAUGAACUUCUUUUUUUUCUUCUUCUUCUG